CGGUGCGCCGCUGUCAGAACUGAGGUACCGACCUGCUGUUAGUGGAGCCGAGCCGAACAGAACCAGCACAGCCUGUCCGAUCCGACCCACCAGAACCAGCACAGGUUCCCCAUCGACGGAGCGAAGCCGGCCCGGCCCGGAGCACCGGGAGUCCAGCGGAGAGACGAACCGGGCCGAAGCAGCUACAGUAGACACGGAGGUGGGCCCCCUGCAGAACCGGGUCCAGACGGAGUCCGGAACACAGCCAGGCGCUGUCGGUGCAGGAGCUUCCGGAACCAGGGUCCAGAUUAGGUUCCGGUUCUGUUCCGCGGGCUGACCGAUCCCUGAUGUCCUCACAGCUGCCUCACCUGGCAGUCUGAACCCAGGGUUUACUGCGCCCUUCCACAGGCGGCAUCUGGAGGACAAACUGGGACAGAAACCAACAAAUAGGAGACACUGAGGAUAUAAAAAACAACAUCUGGAGGAGACAGGAGACACGCAGAACACCUGGAAGACGUCCAGGGAGGAGGACAGAGCAUCAGGAGGACACCUACAGACGGACACAUCUGGAAGACACUGAGGCGAGGCGGGACAGUUUAAGGUUCCAUGUAACCGGACCGGCAGACAUGGACCUGCACCGUUGGACCUGCUUCCCAAUCGUCGCCGUCUUCAUGCUGGUUCUGGUCCAGGUCGUGGUCCAGGCCCGCUCCGCGGCAGCAGGACGCGCUGACAGGAACUCCAUCGAGGACGCCACGGUGAACGCCACCGUCAUGGACCGAGGGUCCUCCGUCCACAUGAUGAGCAGCGAGGACGGGACGUACGGGCAGGACUCUCCGAAGAUGGACGCCCGGGGCAUCGUCCUCACGCCGGCGCCGCAUCAUGGAGUGGUGGACCGGCAGGGCUGCGACCCAAACACCCGCUUCCUGGUUCCGCCCCGCAGCGUCCACUGGGUGGCGCUGCUGCAGCGAGGGAACUGCACCUUCAGGGAGAAGAUCCUGAAGGCGGCCGCCUUCAACGCCACGGCGGUUCUGGUCUACAACAACUCCACCGACAAGACCGUCAAGAUGGGCCACGAAGGUACGGGCGACAUCGUUGCGGUGAUGAUCACAGAGGCGUACGGGAAGGAGAUCCUGGCCCACCUGGACCGGAACCUGACGGUUCUGGCCUCUCUGGGCUUCCGUAGUCCCAGCAGGAACCUGAACCGCGGAUCGCUCGUCUUCGUCUCCGUCUCCUUCAUCGUCCUCAUGAUCAUCUCCUCCGCCUGGCUCGUCUUCUACUUCAUCCAGAAGAUCCGCUAUGGCGCCGGCCGCCACCGCAGCCAGCGUCGCCUAGGAGACGCAGCCAAGAAAGCCAUCGGGAAGCUGACGACGAGGACGGUGAAGAAAGGAGACAAGGAAACGGACCCGGACUUCAACCACUGCGCCGUGUGCAUCGAGGCAUACCAGCUCAACGACGUGGUCCGGAUUCUGCCCUGCAAACACGUCUUCCAUAAGGUGUGCGUGGAUCCCUGGCUGAACGAACACUGCACCUGUCCCAUGUGUAAACUCAACAUCCUCAAAGCUCUGGGCAUCAUGACCAGCCUGCCCUGCGUGGACGCUGUGGUUCUGGAUGUGGAGCGUCUGGGUGUCGGUCAGACAUCCGGCAGCCAGAGGGCGCCACUGAGCGACCAGAACCAGCCGUCCAUCAGCCUGGAGCCGCUCAGCCCCCCCCAUGCUGAGACCGCGCCCAGAACGCCCGCUGACAUCACCGUGGCCGUAACGAGUCUUCUGGUGGGGACGCUGGACGUGGUUCUGGACUCCAGCGCCAGGGUGGCUCCCUACCGGAUCCUGCUGCAGACGGCUGACUCCCAGAUCUACUGGAACAUCGCCUGUGGCUCGUCGAGGAAAGAGAUCACGGAGCACUGGGACUUCCUGGAAUCCAACCUGCUGCAGACGAUCUCCAUCUUCGACAACGAUGAAGACGUCAUCACCUUCGUCAAGGGAAAGAUCUCGGGCAUCAUCGCGGAGGAGAACCGGCUGAAGCGGAGCGAGGAGCAGGAAGAGAACAGCGGGAAGUUCCUGGAGGCGGAGCUGAAGAUGCGGAAGCUGUUUGGGAUGCCGGAGGAGGAGAAGCUGGUGAACUAUUACUCCUGCAGCUACUGGAAGGGGCGUGUCCCUCGCCAGGGCUGGCUCUACCUGUCCAUCAACCACCUGUGCUUCUACUCCUUCCUGCUGGGCAAGGAAGUGACGCUGGUGGUGCCGUGGACGGAGGUGACCCAGCUGGAGAAGAACGCCACCCUGGUGUUCCCGGAGAGCGUCCGCGUUAGCACCCGGAACGCCGAGCAUUUCUUCUCCAUGUUCCUGAACGUCAACGACACCUUCAAGCUGAUGGAGCAGCUCGCCAACAUCGCCAUGCGCCAGCUGCUGGACAACGAGGCGUUCGCCGCCGACCGCUCGCUGCCCAAGGCCUGCAAGACUCUGAAGAACGUCUCUGCCCUCAAGAGGGACUUCGACGCCCGGGCCAAGAACGAGCGGUACCGGUCCAUGUUCCGGCUGACGCAGGACGAGCGGCUGGACGGACACACGGACUGCACGCUGUGGACGCCGUUCGCCAAGAUGCACGUAGUGGGCCAGCUGUUCAUCUCCAACAACUACAUCUGCUUCAGCAGCAGAGAGGAGGACCUGUGCCAGCUCAUCAUCCCGCUCAGAGAGGUGACCAUCGUGGAGAAGGCGGACAGCAGCAGCGUCUUGCCGUGUCCCGUCUCCAUCAGCACCAAGAACAAGAUGAACUUCCUGUUCGCCAACCUCAAAGACAGGGACUUCCUGGUUCAGCGGAUCUCAGACUUCCUGCAGCGGACGCCGGACGGCUCGUGGAGCGACACCAACCCGCUGUCUCUGAUUGGCUCCUCGGGCUCCACCGCCGUCCCCCAAUCUGCAGGAUCCGAUUCCGUCCACAAGGGGCGCCAUUACCACGGCGGCCUGCCCACCGCCCAGCAGGGCCUGCUGCGGCUGUACCAGCAGGACGGCCCGGAGGACCUCGGCCCGAAAGCUAUGAAGGAGCGGAUGAAGGAGGAGGCGUGGAACAUUCACUUCUCCGAGUUCGGCCGGGGCGUCUGCAUGUACAGAACCUCCAGAACCCGAGAGCUGGUUCUGAACGGGAUCCCGGAGCGCCUGAGGGGGGAGCUGUGGCUGCUGUUCUCCGGCGCUCAGAACGAGAUGGCGUCCCACCCUGGUUACUAUGGCGACCUGGUGGAGCAGGCCAUGGGGCUCUGCUCAUUGGCUACCGAGGAGAUCGAGCGCGACCUUCAUCGCUCGAUGCCCGAACACCGAGCCUUCCAGAACGAGACGGGCAUCGCCGCGCUGCGCCGCGUCCUGACCGCCUACGCCCACCGCAACCCCAACAUCGGCUACUGCCAGGCCAUGAACAUCGUGACGUCCGUCCUGCUGCUGUACGGAACCGAGGAGGAGGCCUUCUGGCUGCUGGUGGCGCUGUGCGAGCGCAUGCUGCCCGACUACUACAACACCCGGGUCGUAGGAGCGCUGGUGGACCAGGGCGUGUUCGAGGAGCUGACCCGGGCCUUCCUGCCGCCCCUGUAUGACCACAUGCAGGCGCUGGGCGUCAUCACCACCAUCAGCCUGUCCUGGUUCCUCACCCUCUUCCUGUCCGUCAUGCCGUUCGACAGCGCCGUCCUGCUGGUCGACUGCUUCUUCUACGAAGGCAUCAAGGUCAUCUUCCAGGUGGCGCUGGCCGUCCUUCACGACAACAUGGACGCCCUGCUGGUCAGCAGCGAUGAGGGCGAAGCCAUGACCAUCCUGGGCAGGUGGGUCUCACCCAACUUUAACGUAAAAAAUAAAAUACCGUACUGGUCCCGGUCCAGACCGUACUGGUCCCGGUCCCAGUUCUUACUGGUCCCAGUCUGUGCUGGGUCCAGACCGUACUGGUCCCAGUUCUUACUGGGCCCGGCGUGCGUGCGUGCGUGCGUGCGUGUGUGUGUGUGCGUGUGUGUGUGGACACUUUAUGCCCACAGAGACGAAGUCGGUCCGUUCACAGGUGUGUCUCUGCAGGUGAGGGCGAUGAUGACGGAGCUGGCCUUCAGCAUCGAGGAGCUGGAGGAGCUUUACUGUCUCUUUAAGUCCAAGCACAUGACUAGCUGCUACUGGGGCUCCAGCAGCUCGGCGGCGCAGCGCCACGACCCCAGCCUGCCCUACCUGGAGCAGUACCGGAUCGACCCGGUCCAGUUCGCCCAGCUCUUCUCGGCGCUGUCCCCCUGGGUCUGCGGAAGCCACACCCCCACGCUGUCGGCCCGGCUCUUCAGGCUGCUGGACCAGAACCAGGAUGGGCUGGUCAACUUCAAAGAGUUCAGCACCGGCCUGAGUGGGAUGUACCACGGCGACUUGACAGAGAAGCUGAAGCUGCUGUUCAAGCUCCACCUCCCACCAGCUCUGUGUGCUGAGGAGGCAGAGUCUGCUCUGGAGGCCACACACUUCUUUACUGAAGACAAACUACAAGAAUCUUCCUUCCUGUCUGAUCUGGAUUCUGUGCGGCAGCAGGAAGUGACAUCAGGUGAAGAACUGAAGGACGGAGGAGAAGAUGAUGAGGAGAAGAAAGAGGUGAAGGACUACAGGUACUACCUGAGGAUGUGGGCCAAAGAGAAGGAGCCCAAGAGGGAAACCAUCAAGGAUUUGCCCAGGAUGAACCAGGAGCAGUUCAUCGAGCUGUGCAAGACGCUGUACAACAUGUUCAGCGAGGAGCCGAGCGAGCAGCAGCUGUACCACGCCAUCGCCACCGUGGCCAGCCUGCUGCUGCGCAUCGGCGAGGUCGGCAAGAAGUUCGGCAACGGCGCCAAGAAGGUCGAGGCCCCGCCUCCUGCCCGGCCGGGGGAGGAGGGGCCCGGCGAGGGAACCUCCACCGACGCCCAGGUGUGCCAGGCUCUGGCCGACGCCCAGUUGGAGCCGCCGGCGACGUCUGACGAGGAGACGAAGGACGACACGUCGGUGUCGUCGUUCUCGGUGGUGAGCUCCGGCUCGCUGCAGUGCGAGGACAUCGCCGACGACACGGUGCUGGUCAGCGGCGAGGAGAGGCGGGGAAGCGCCCUGGAUGCUGAUUGGUCAAUCACCUUUGAGCAGGUGCUGGCCUCACUGUUGACAGAACCGGCGCUGGUCGAGUAUUUCGAGAGGAAGAUGGACAUCCAAGCCAAAAUGGCUGCCUGUAAGGCUCAGCGGGCCGUGGAGCGCCAGAUAAGCUCCGCCUCCGACCACGAACUCAGCCAGCAUUCCUCCUGACUCACCUGAUCACCUGGUUACCUGAUCACCUGGUUACCUGGUUAGGUCACCACUCAAUUCUCCCACCUCCUGAUUGGUCACUUGCGUUUCCUGUGUCUGUUUGCUGAUGAUGUCACGUCUGACUCUGACUGAUCAGUGACUGACUGAGCUAUGACAUCAUCAUGUGACUUCCUGUGGGUGUUUUACAGUAAAAGCUUGUGGGGGAGUAUAAGGCUUUUAUUGUGAAAGAGAAGCAGGAAAUGUUUAUUGAUCUCUGAUUGGUCCCCAGUCUGCUGCAGGUGAACAGGUGUACAUACAUCCUGUUUGUCACAUGACUCAGUUGAUUUAUGUUCUUGUUUUCGUGAAUUAAAAAAUAAUAAUGGCUGAAAAAAACCCAAGUUCAGUGUUCAUUCAAGCUUUUAUUUUGUAGCUGUUUUUGUUCCCCGUUUACUUCCUGUACAGAGUGACGUCACAGUAUUUUAUCUGUUUAUCUGCCUGCUUUUAAAUCUGUUGCAUUAAUCAAUUAUUGAUCUGUUUAAAUAAACCUGGAGGAAACCCG